UUUUUCCGUUUUUGUGUCCAUGCCAACUUAACCGCUUUCUGUGUUAAAAUGCGGAUUUUUAUAAUUAUUUUUGUUCAGUUGCGCGUUAUUUUGUAAUAUUAGAACUAAGUGAAUAAUAAAAAGGCAUUCCUCUUCUUUAUUUUUUUUGUGUGAAUUGAUAUGUUUGAUCUGUGUUGGCUUGUCUUACAGUGGUACAGUUAAGCUCGCGGACUCUUUUAUCUGCCGCUCCCUCGCGAGCUCUCGAGUAGGAGGGCUCGCGCAGAGCUCGCCCUGUGAUGGGACUACAAACCCGUUAGUACCCUCCGCUUCGCUUCCUCCUCUUCCAUCAUGGCUCCCUCGUUAGACAGAGAAGGAUAUUGGGGGCGGCCGACCUCAACGCUGGAUUGGUGCGAGGAGAAUUAUGUCGUCUCUUCUUACAUCGCGGAGUUCUGGAACACUGUCAGCAACCUGAUCAUGAUUCUUCCUCCCAUAUAUGGAGCCGUCCAAACAUUUCGCGAUGGCCUGGAGUUUCGCUAUAUCUGCUCAUUUCUCGGACUUUCAGCUGUAGGUGUUGGUUCCUGGUGCUUCCACAUGACGUUGUUAUAUGAGAUGCAGCUGCUGGAUGAGUUGCCAAUGAUUUACAGUACAUGUGUCUUUGUCUACUGUCUAUAUGAGUGCUUCAAGCAAGAGAACAGCAUCAGUUUAUUUCCUAUUGUACUGUUGAUAAUCUUCAGUGUCUCGGUCACAUUGGUGUACUUACAGUGGAAGGAGCCAGUGUUUCACCAGGUCAUGUAUGGUGUCCUGGUAGCUUGCUUGGUGAUGCGUUCUGUCUUCAUUGUUACAUGGGUGUACCCAUGGCUUAGGGCGCUGUGUUACACCUCUUUAGGGAUCUUCAUGUUAGGUUUCCUGCUGUGGAACAUCGACAACAUCUUCUGUGACUCGUUAAGAACCAGUAGACAAAUGCUGCCCCCUGGUGUUGGAGUAGUGACACAGUUCCAUGCCUGGUGGCAUAUCUUCACAGGUCUUGGUUCCUACCUGCACAUACUCCUCAGCAUGCAGAUCAGAUCCACCUACCUCAAGUACAGACCAAAGGUUAAGUUUCUGUGUGGAGUCUGGCCCACGUUGCACAUUGAACCACUGAAGACGAGCUAAAACUAGAAGAUGGGGACCAGCUUAAGGUUAUGACUGCCAAAUCAGGCACUGUUGGCAGAGAGACCUGCCAGUGUUGCCUUGCUACUGCUGGGAACUAGGCCCACAGUCAAAUGGCUGGGGAACCCCACGGCACCAACUUAGGGACCAUUUGGUUCUGAGCUGUGGAAAAUAACUAAGUACAUUAUACCACUGAAUUAAUUUCAAGAAACUGAGAAUUUUUUUAAUUGAUCAUAAUUUAUUAGACUAAUGUGUUAAGUUAUUUUUAAGUGGGUAGUUUAUUUUUAUUUUUUUCAAACAACCAUUUUCAGUGCAAUGCAUAAAUGAUGUUUUUCACUUUAGUGGCAAUUAUACAAGUAGUUAUAGAUCUUAAAUUGAUUACUGAAAAUGACAGAAUAGUUGUAAUUAAUUCAAAAUUCAGUCUUUUUUAUGACCAAUCAGAUAAAUAAUCAAAUCAAAGAGCCAGAAUAUAUUCAUGUACCCAUUCAAAUAUGAUAACACUAUUAUUUAGGCUUAGUUUCUUAAGAAGCUAAAGCAGUUUAUUAUAUAGUUUAUAGUUGAAAAUAAAAAGUGAAAUAUACCUUAACUGGAAGUGAAAAUGUUUUAAUGUAAUGAGGAAAAUCUUUCCUUAUUUGCUUAGCUGAAGGUUCAAUCUUUACUUGAAGUUUUCACAAAAUGUCUUGCCAUUACUGGAAUUCUGAUGCUUUUUCAAGUCCUAAUUAACUUUAUUGCCAAAGUUGCACUUGUAUGUUUGUGUUAUCAUCCAACGUGUGACAUGUAUUAAUGGUUUACCUUGCUACUGAGAAGCAGUGUUUUAAUGAAGGUUUAUAACAUUGAACUGUAGUGUUCUUACACAGGUUUUUUAUUUUUCCAAAGCACACAGAACAUCUGAAGCUCAAGUUUCAACCUUGUUCCUUAAAAUAUAUUUAAUUAGGAAGGAACUUAAUUGGAAUGACCUUGUAACUGGAUGGUGUGUUCAGCCAUAAUUACCACCAGGCAUCAGCUGCUUCCAACGUUUUUAAAAGUCAAGGUUUCAAGACAGCAAGAAUUUUCCUACUGAUGCAGAAACAGUGCUGAAGUGGAGUCAUUUUUCCCCUCGCCUAUUGCUGCACACUGCCAAUCAGCUGGCUGAAUAAAGGCUCAUAUGCUUUAUUCUUACUUGCAAGAAGGAUAAAUUGUAACUCUAUGUAUGAAAAUGCAGUUACAUACAGUUAAAACAACAGCAUUGUUAUAGCUAUUCAUUUGGGAUGUCCGGAUCCUGAUUUUUGUCCCCAAUCCCAAAUUGGUACUGCCUUUUUUAAUAACAGAGAUCAGCAGAUAUGGAGUCCCAGUGUUAUACUUCAUUAAUAUUAAUCAAACAAGCUCCAUGUAUAUGCUUGAUAACUGCAGUGAUUAAUGCACCAUAUUUCAUCAGCAUUACACCUAACUCACCAGUGAUGCUCUAGAUGCUGCUUUGCUUCUUGUCGGUUUUUUUGUUGACAGCCACAAAUAUUUUGUCCCAACCUUGCAUUCUGCAGGUCUGCCUGACUAUGCUGCUCUAAUGUGGGUUAACUCAGCUAGGAAAGCUACUGUGAUGUCCUGACAGCAUCUAAAUCAUGCAUAGCUUUGUCAUUUGUUUCUAUCAUAGUGAUUCUGUUUUGAUAUGUCUCAUUGAUAAUUUGGCACGUAACAUGUUUCCGAGUAGUUCCAGGAAAGGUUCUCCUUUUUUUUUAUAACCUUAGCGCUUCGGUUUGAACGUUGUAAAAACAAAGAGUGGGUUUUGCAGCGCAGCUAUCUCUCCUUUACUGACAUGUGCAUCAGGCAGGAAGCUGCUGCAGCCUCUCUCCCCCUGCUUGUGAACAUUAAUCUAAAGGGAAAACCCAGAUCUGAUGACCAAGCUACUUAUUAACAGGCUGCUUAUAAUAUGGUUUUGUAAUUCCUGCAAACCAAAGUAGGCCAAGAUUGCCCAAAACAUGGCCGCAUGUAUUCCUUGGGCUGCAGCUGACAUAACCACAGACAGCAAAGCAACAACAGGGAUCAGGAGCUGAGUUUCUUCAAAAACUCCAGGUAGUCAUUUUUAGUUUUGGGAAAUGGUAAAUGGCCUGGACUUUUAUUGCGUUUAAUCGAGUCCACAUGGACCCCAACAUGCUUUAUACUACAAUCAGUCAUCCACCCACACAUUCACACGCUGACAGUGGUGAGCUACAUUGUAGCUACAGCUGCCCUGGAAGUGACGCUGCCAUACAAUCAGCGCCGCCGGACCCUCUGACCACCAUCAGCAGGCAAGGCAGGUGAAGUGUCUUACCCAACGACUGAGACGGACAGAGCGGGGGUUUGAACUGGCAACCCACCAGUUACAAGACAAACCACUGCUACUUGAGCCGCCAUCGUCCCGCUUUUUGAUUCUCUGAUCAGGAAAAAGUAACUUCUGGGAUUGGAUGAGGUCAUCCCAUGAAUAUGUUUUUAAUUAUUUUAGCUGCAAAGAAGUUAAUUCUCCAUUAGCAAUUAAAUCAAGUUAUGCAUUUUAGUUUUAUAUAUAUAUAUAUAUAUAUAAAUACAGUGGAAGCAAAGUGAGCUAAAAGUGUUGAGAAUUGAGCUAGUAAAAGAUGGGUGACUCAAAUGAAAAUGCAAUUAUUAAAAUUGACUGAGCAGUCACCUUUAUCAGAAAACUGAGCAGAAUUCUCUAAAUGUUCAUUAUAUUUUAAUCAUCAUUGACUCUGCUGCAUUUUAUUUCAACCACGUCAUUAUUAAUUUGAUUUGUUUAGUUGUCGUAUAGCCCAUCCAGAUGAAACUGCAGAGUACCUCUUUGAGUAGUUUAUUAUACAACCACUGGAUGGCGUCAGUUUCCAGGUCGUUGAGGAGCAUGUGGUCCAGAACCUACCUAAUGUAGAGCUACUGGAUCUUUGCCUCAGCUUUCAGAUCUUUGGGUUUAAUGAAGGGCUUUUUGUGUUUUGUUACUGUGAAGCAGUGGAGACGUAUUAGCAUCCAAAGCUGCAGAAGCUUGAAGUAACUAGGAGAUGUGUUUGUAUUUGUGCGGACGUGCUGUGUGUGGGUUAUAUUCUGAGGCAGUGUACUGCUCAUUACUUUUCAGGCGUAUAAGCCCAGUGUUACUAACAUUCAUAUAAGCACAGUAUAUGAAACAGAAGUAUUAGCCUCCUCCAGAUGUCUUUGUGAAUCUUUGUGUUAUCUUGAAGUCACUGCUAGUAGAACUGAGUGCUUCACAGAGAGGGUGCCUUAUUAUCACUGCAGUGUAAUCCAAGUUGCCUUGAUAUUUGUGAUAAACCUUUAAUUUUAUCAGUUAUAUUGUAACCCUCCUGAUUAUUGGCCACUGAUCCAUCUGGAUGACCAACAUUCACAGCUUUUAAUGCAACGUUGGUGUCUGAUUCUUUUCGCCUUCCAUUCAUGUCAUGUGUGGAACAACCUACAGAUUGUUCUAUGUACAUUGCCUGUAUAAAGAUAACAUCAUGUAACACUUCUGUGUUUGUGGCCAGAGAACCAAACUCUGCCAAACUUGUAUGCUGAUGAUGUCCUGUAUUGUCAAAUAAAGGAAAUUGUGUCAGACUCUCAUAAAA